UGCUCUUUGCUCUCCUCCAUUUCUUCUCUUUUCUUCUUCUUCUCCUUCGUCUUCGUCAUUAAAAACAGAAGCUUUCUCUUUAAAAUUCCAUUUAAAGAACCAAAUUUUGCAGUAAAAGCUACCUUUUUGUCUUCUGGGUUGGUCUUUUCUCUACAAUGUUGUGGUAAAAGUGGUUGCUUUUGCACAAAAAUGGCUUUUCAAGAUCAUAUGUCACAAGAAAUGGCUUUUCAAUCAUCACUUUCUGCCUCUGCCUCUUCCUCUGCUUCUGUUGGUCCUUCUUGGCUUAGCAACGCAGUUAUCCGGCGAGCCGACGACUUUUUUGGUCGGAACAGAAGCGAUAAAAACGACCAUAUUAAUAGUAACAACGGUGGUGGCGGGGAAGAGUUGUUAUUUGACGGUGGAGGUGGAGGUGGAGGUGGAGGUGGCGGUGGGGAUAAUUGGGAAAGAGCGAAAUGCAAGGCGGAUAUAUUGGGGCAUCCUUUAUAUGAGCAAUUGCUAGCAGCGCACGUGGCUUGUUUGAGGAUAGCGACGCCAGUGGACCAGUUGGCGAGGAUCGACUCGCAGCUGGCUCAGUCGCAGGAAGUGAUGGCUAAGUACUCCGUGCUUGGUAACGGUCAUGUUGUAGAUGAGAAAGAGCUUGAUCAGUUUAUGACACAUUAUGUCAUAUUACUCUGUUCAUUUAAAGACCAAUUGCAACAACACGUCCGAGUUCAUGCUAUGGAGGCAGUAAUGGCUUGCUGGGAGCUCGAGCAAUCUCUGCAAAGCUUGACAGGUGCAUCAUUGGCUGAAGGCACAGGUGCAACAAUGUCUGACGAUGAUGAUGACCAGGCAGAUAGUGACACAAACUUGUAUGAUGGAAGUCUGGAUGGAUCAGACUGCAUGGGAUUUGGUCCUCUUGUGCCUACAGAAACUGAAAGAUCAUUGAUGGAGCAUGUAAGAAAAGAAUUAAAGCAUGAACUCAAACAGGGUUACAAAGAGAAGAUAGUGGACAUUAGAGAGGAAAUUCUACGUAAGAGAAGGGCCGGAAAACUGCCAGGAGAUACCACCUCCCUCUUAAAAGCUUGGUGGCAAUCGCAUUCCAAGUGGCCAUAUCCAACAGAGGAAGACAAAGCAAGAUUGGUGCAAGAAACAGGCUUGCAGCUAAAGCAGAUAAAUAAUUGGUUCAUAAACCAAAGGAAAAGGAAUUGGCAUAGCAACUCUUCAGGAGCAACUUUGAAGAGCAAGCGCAAGAAACAAGCAAUGCAGGUGAAAAACAGUGACAAGAGCUUCACUUAAAUGAAAAAGAGUCUGUCAGAAGACUCCUUAUCGAUUUUCUUUACCUGGAGAGGUUCAUCAUCGGAGCAUCAAAGAGCUUUAGAGACCACUGCAGUGAGAAAAAUUGUUGUAUAAGAAGAAUAGAUUAAAAGUUAUGUUUGGUAUUCCUCAUUUGAUCAUACAGGAAAUUUUAAGCUUCAUAGAAGAGGCUGCUAUUCAUUAGCUAAAGAUGGAUUAAACUCACUCACCUAUCUAGUUGACAGGUUAUAUAGUUGAAGAUGUAGUGAUGAUUAUGAUGCAUAUAUAUGUCAUAGUUUUUAAACUGUAAGCAUAUCAGAUUGUUGAGAUAGCUGCUUCUUGUGCCAUGGGCCUGUAAUUUUGCAAUAUUUGGUUUCUGCUUCUAUAUAUGUGAUGAGAAUGAUUUUAAGCUAUUGUUUUAUA